GUUUUGUUGUCGUACUAUAAUUCAACAAUAAAUACUGUUUAUUACGUAUAAUGUGUUCUGUGAAGAAACCAGUCAGCUGUGAAGACCUCUCCGCCGCCAGCUCUGUGCGGUCGUUGGAUGAUAGUUACGAGAAAGCAACGAACCGAAGAAAUUGAAAGUGAUGCCCUCCCGGAUAUGAAGCGAGUUUGCGAGGCAGUUCAGUGAAUCAAUUGGUUGAUAGUAGACGCAUAAAAGAAACUGAGCAGUGUCCAUCAGUAUUAAUAAUAUUUGAAAGUGACUGCUCUGACUUCUACGACGUCGACUGCGACGACAAGCGACGUAAAAGUAAUAAACAUAUAAACGCUACAUAUCUGUCAUCGCCAAACGCAGACCACGGUGUCCGGAGCGACAUGGAUAGAUUGGAGACGACGCCGCUUCUCUCCACACUACACAGCACGGCAUACGGCAAUCUGCCAACAAACGAACGCACAGGACCAACAUCGAGUGUAAUCAUGUCGUCAUACAAAAGAUUUGAGAAGGCAGCAAAACCAGAAAGGAAACAGCAAAGUUCCUUAGUAACAAUAUUCUCCGUAUGGAACACAAUAAUGGGUUCCUCGUUGUUGACGAUGGCGUGGGGAGUGGAGCGGGCUGGUCUGCCCGUGGCACUGGUGCUGGUGGCUUUCAUGGCAGCCCUGUGUUUAUACACGGCUUACGUGUUGCUACGUGUCAACUGUCACCAUGGUACGGCGACAUGCGAGGUGCCAGCACUCUGCCGGGUGCUGCUCGGCCGCUCAGCAGAGGUCGUGGCGCAUGCAUUCAGCCUUAUAGUACUGCUGGGGGCCAAUAUAGUGUAUUGGAUACUCAUCACCAACUUCUUGUACUUCACAGUCAACUAUUUUGCUGAUCUGCCCAAUUCGAACACAACUGUUCAUAACACGACACUCCUGUGUCCAUCAGAAGACGGGUUGAACGGCUCUCUCAUAAUACCCGAACCGGUGGCUACCUCACCGUACUGGAAUUUGCACAGUACGGUCCCCGUAUACGUGGCUGUUAUAGUGUUCCCACUGCUCAACUUUAAAAAUGUCACAUUCUUCACAAAAUUCAAUUCAUUAGGUACAUUGUCUGUGGCGUACUUGGUCGUGUUUGUACUAACGAAAGGCUACACGUGGGGCAUCCAUUUGAACAACAUGGUGAUUUCAACCCAAGUGGACAAGAACGCGGCUGUGCUCAGCGGAAUGCUGGCAUUGUCCUUCUACAUACACAAUAUUAUAAUCACUAUUAUGAGCAAUAACGCGAGACAGGACAAAAAUGGAAGGGACCUGACUAUAGCAUUUGUGCUGGUAACAUUGACUUAUACGCUGGUUGGAGCUGUGUUCUAUAUCUGCUUUCCACUAGCCAAGUCUUGUAUUGAAGAUAACAUCUUGAACAAUUUCGAGAUGCACGACGUGAUGACUGCUGUUGCGAGGAUAUUGUUACUAUUCCAAGUGGUGACCGUCUACCCGCUAGUGGCGUUCAUGCUGCGAUCUGAGGCGAUCCUACUGUUGCUGUUCGAGCCAACGCGAUGUCUCACCGUCACCAUUAAUACUAUUAUAGUCACGAUGUGCAUACUGGUCGCUUGUUUUUGUCCAAGUAUCGGAACUAUUAUAAGGUACACAGGAGCCGUAAGCGGUCUAAUCCACAUCUUUACUCUGCCAUCAUUACUGCAAAUGCGCUCCCUCUACAUCCGCGGGAAACUUACCUGGUGGAAAACUCUCUUCUACUGCCUCAUCGUCGUAUUUGGCGCUGUAAACUUAUUGAUGCAAUUCUUUAUUGACGAAUAGACAGUUACAUGUAAAAUAUUGGAUUCUGUCUCAAAACUGAACUACUGUGUGGGUUUUUUUUAUGCAUAAUAGCAACACCAGUUGUGGAUUUUAAGGCAGACUUUGAAAAGCCAGAACCCAAAGCCGUGAAAUUGUUAUAAGCACAAAAGUAUACAGAUAAAAGAAGGUACGAGUAUUUUUUUUUGAGGGUGAAAAUGGUAUGGUAACCCCGCCUGCGCUAACGGGAUACGCUGGCGGAGCACCAGUGAAGGGUGAUAGAUGAGAAUGAAAACAGGUCAGUUAGCCCAUCAUGAUGAAUUCGUCAGGAAUUAACCAUGAUAGUUUCCAGGGAGAACCGUGAGGAGGUCGACCUGGUUGGGUAUAUUGCUAGCAAUGGGAUUCUCAGUCUCCAUUACUAACAAUCCCUUUCCCCUCAAAAGGUACGAGUAUUAUAGAAUUUUUGAGAGUCAUAAAACGUCAAUAUUUUAUUAUAAUAAUUUUGAAUAAUAUUGAUUCAAACAUAGCCCGAAGGAUAAGCAAGCUGAAGUGGCAAUGGGCUGGUCACAUAGCUCGAAGAACUGACAACCGAUUGGGAGGAAAGGUUCUUGAGUGGCGACCUCGUACGGGCAAACGCAGUGUAGGACAAACCCCCCCCCCCUUCCUCCUCACCUGUUAGAGGUGGAGACGACCUCAAAUGCAUUGCAGAGAGUCAGUGGAUGCAGGUAGCUCAGGAACACUCCUUAUGAUAGACCGUAGUCUUGUCCGUCUGUGAGAAAUUUUCAAAUUGUUGUUCUCUGUGAGAACUGGUAAAAAAAAACUCGACAGUCUUUUUUCCAAUCAUUUAAGAAUUGUGUAUAUACCUACCAAGGAAUCUCGAAUAAUAUUGAUUUUUAGCCUGGCUGUUAAAUUAUAUAUUUAAGAAACAAAUAUUUAAUAACAAUAAUUAUAGUGGGAAUUUUAAAUUCCAUUCCUUUCAUUAGAAAAAAAACCGAUUUCAAUUAUACCUUUUCGACUAUAUAUCUA